GAGAGAGAGAGAGAGAGAGAGAGAGAGAGAGAGAGAAAGAGGAUAACUCUCGUCUAUGUAACGACAUCGUUCGGCGAGAGACGAGUGUUUACGGAAGAGCGUAGAGAAACAAGAAAGAGAAACACUUCGCCGUCGUAAUCUCGUUUCGUCGCGGAAGAUAUCAGCGGGCGAAUCGACCGCGACGAGAAGGACGUGAGGAUCGCCGACUUUUAUUUCCCCCAUUAUACAGCGUUCGUCAAACAACGCGGCGGACAAACCGCGCGAGUCACCGUCGCAGCCAACGAUUGUCAUGUACAUGCAGAGACCGGCGGAAAUAUAACCUCCAAGAGAAACUCGUCGGCAGAGAGAAACAUAUAGAUAGAUAGAGGAAGAGAGAGAGAGAGAGAGAGAGAGAGAUAUAUAUAUCCUGACACACAUCCCGACCGAGCCAACAAUCAAAAAGUGGCCAGCGAAGAGAAGGGAACUGAACGACGGAGACGUCGCGACGAUCGACGUUUACAUGCUUCGAGCUGACCUGACGCGAGCAGAAACGCGAAGGCGUAGAAACGCAACCGGCGGCGUUUGCGUUCGAGCUAGCGUCUGAAGUUCUCGGCAGCGUCUCCCACUAAAUCGUCACGGUGUGCGGAUUAGGGCGAAUCCUCGGCUACAUCGGCGGACGACCGUCGGUGGGGGCCACCAACAUGUCGCAGUCCGGACCAGGUGGACUGAGCGACGCUCAAGGGCAAAGUCAAGCUGGACAAACGACGGACAGUCAACAAACGACUUGCCAAAACGGCCGCGCUGAGCCGCUCGCCGACGCCGCCAAGCAAGACCUCUCCAACGGCUUUGAGAACCGAACGAUGGACUACGAGCGAUUCACCCAAGAACGAACGCAACAUGCUCCGCACGUGGGACAGAUUCAGGACCAGCAGUCCCAGCAGUUUCCGCAACAGCAGCAGCAGCAGCAGCAGCAGCAGCAGCAACAACAACCGGCACCACCACAACCGCCGCAACAGCAACCUGCCCACCCGCUAGUUCAAUACCCGUCGGGGAGAAGGCAAUCCGUGGGACUGCCGGAGGACAAGCACCCCACGAUAGGUCAGUUGCCACCCCCGCCGUACGGCCCGGACAAAGGCAACGUCGACAGGGCUCAGCACGUGUCGCAGACGAGCACUCAGACGGUGCCGGUUCAAACGCAGCCGCAGUUCGCGCCCGACUACGAUCAGAGUCAAUACCCGCAGAUACGCGGCCAGUUCGACGUUCGGUCUGCGCAGAUCUACCCGCAGUCGCAGUACUCCGACAGAGCCGGUUACGUGACGAGAGACGUGAACUACCGCGACCCGAGCCUCUACGGCCAAAGCGGCGCGACUAACCCGAUGUUCAGCGGCCAAGGUCAAUACGUGACAGUCCAGCACAGCUCGCAGAUACCGUCGCAGUCCGCGAGCCCACAACCGCCUUACUUCUCGGGCGUGGUGGUGCCGCAACCGCCCGGUUACGCUCAGUUCGGCACGCAGCCGCAGUACCCUUACAGCCAGUACCCGCAGACGGUGAUGAACCCGGUGCCGUACAACCCGCACGCGGCUGGCAUCUAUCCCGCCCAACAAUACGGCCAACAGUCGCCGAACCCGCAGAGGUUCUCGCAGGAGAUCGGCCAGUACCAGACGCAGCCGAUCAUCCAGCCGAUCGCGCAGAACGUGGCGCACGGGAUCGCGAUCCAGACGACAGAGCGGCCGUGCCGCGGCCCGAAGCCGAUGGUGCCGCCUCGCGGCAAUUCCAAGAUCACCCAUGACCCGGGUCACAGAAAGUCCGCGAGCGUCGACGUGCCGGCCUUGCAGAAGGCCAAGUACGAGCCGAGCGCGAGCCCGCAGCAGGAGCCGAUUCAUCGCAACGACGGCGCGAUCCUGAUGACGGGCGCGCCCAUGGGACCGGACGGCCCACAGGAUCGAAGAUACUUGAACACGAUCAAUCAGAACCCCAGGACGAGGCAGGACGGACUCUACGUGGACGCGAACGGCGACCAAGCAGGCAGGGAGAAGCUGGCCGACACGAUCGCCACCGAGUGCGGCCUGUACGUCUCGAGAUCGGAGCACAGAAAGUCCAUAUCGGUGGACGUGACCACCAGCUUCCAAAGGCGCAACGACACGAUAACUUUCACGUUCCCUGGCGACAAUAAUCAGGAGAUCCUAUCGGGCCGCAAAACCACCACGGUGGUGGACGCUAAGAGAAUCGAGACCAAUCAAGUGUUCCCCGCCGAACAAAGGAGACUGGAAGCGGGACUGCGGGUGUCACCUAUGGCCUUUGACGCGAGACAAGAGAACCGUAAGAGCAUAGGGACGGAGAGGAAGCCCGAGUGGGGCAACGUGAGUCCGAAUCAGAGGAACGCGAUCCCACCGGAGAAUAGGAGGUCGGACUACUUCGAGGAGCACCGAAGGUCGCCCAUGAGUCUCGAGGGCAAGAGAAUAGAGGACGUGAGGAGAUCACCUAUGCCGUUCGUGCCGAUACGCGAGGCCUCGAGCGAUCGCGCCGGCCAGAAGAGCCCGUCUUUCAUGAGCCAAAAUUUUGAGAAGACCAGACAGGAGCUGGCGAUAUGGGCGGAGCAACGACAACGACAAGAGCACGAGAGGAGCAUGAUGCAAGGUCAGAUAUUCACUACCAGCCCUCGCUCGCGUAACCCCUCGGAGGAGAGGAGAGACAUGAGGUCGAUUCAUCAGCCGGACGAGCGCAAGGACUCGAGAAUGUCCCAGUCGGCCUUCCAACCGAUUCCUAACAUCAGUCAGAGCACCAUAAUGGAGCAACGGCGACACCUCAGACACGUCAGCGCCGAUCUCACCAAGCACAUGGAACUCACGAGGAAAGAUUUCGAGGAGCAACCUAUCACAGGUUCCGUCGUCAACCUGGGAUCGGUGGCCAGCACCGUUUCGUCGCAGAGAGCCAGCCCGAAUCUCUGCCAUCAGUACCCGGCUCUCAGCGAAGCUAAGCUGGACACGAAGACCGUGCUGACCGUGGUGACGGAUUUCGCUGAGAAUAUGACGAACACCAGCAAGCCAAUCGAGCAGGUCGAUCAUAUAAUACACAGCCACCGCAAGAGCCACAACAUCUCGUCCAACUUACUCACUCACAGCAAGAGUCAGACAGAAAACCUGCAGAACCCGCUGGAAGGCGAGAAGACUGACUCGCUUCAGACGCAGCAACAGCAACAGCCGCAGCAGCAGCAGCAGCAGCAGCAGCAGCAGCAGCAACACCAACAGCUACAGAACCAACAGCUACAGAACCAACAGAGUCUCGAUUUAAUAUCCGAGAAGCUGAGCCAGUUCGAGCGCCAGCAGAGCGACCUCCAAGCCAAGCUACAAUGCCUCCAGAAUCAGAACCAGAUAUUGGACAAGGUGGCGCAGUUUCAGCACCAGCAGGGCGACCUGCAGGCUCGCCUGCAGAACCUGCAGAACCAGAAUCAGCUGAACGACAAGAGCCACAGCAAGAUGCCGGGCGACUUUGCGCAGCUGCCCAUCGCGGCGGCGGCGGCCGACGCUCAUCAGCUCCAAGCGAGCCCCCUACCCAACCACCAGGAACAAUCGUCGGAGAAGAGCUGCGCGGCGCACAACCAUCAGCCGGUGCACGGCCUCCAUCAGACGCUCCUCACUACUUCGUACCCGCAAAAUGCCGCCCUUCAGGCCUGCCAAUCGUCCAUGUGCGAGAAGCUGACCGGCCGCGCACAGCACGACGCUGCUGCCGACCCGAAUUCCACUCAGAUACCGAACAUGUCGCAGAUGCCAUUACCGUGCCUGCCGCAAUUCGAUCGCGCCGACACGUCGCGCACUUCGUUUUCCCAGUUCCACCGACUCCAGUGCCAGAUCGAGGGCCACGAGGGUGCUCCAGCGACGAGUGCCGGCCUACCCGCCGGCUCUUUCACCGGCACGCUGAAGAAGAUACCGCCGGAGAAGCCGCCGAGGACGUCUUUGAUAGUGCAGUCGCCGGAAGCGGAGAGCAACCGCAGCCAGCCAGCGAUCGGACUGAAGCAGACGCCGAAAGCGCGGCCAACCAUUUUCGGGACGGUGGCCUCGGACCUGAACCCCAAGGACGGGAACAGCCGAAAGAGUUUACCGCAGACCCCAGCCGGCGGUGCUGGCGGCAAAGCAGGGGCGAGCGGCACCGGCUCGGCCGCUGGAAUGGUCAAUGGUGCCGGUGCCGAUCACGAGAGUAUCCGCGACGGCGCUGGAAUUGACACGGAACUCGCUUUGGUGUACCGGGACGGCAACCUCGUCUCGGGCUCGCUCGAGGCGUUGGUGCAGCACAUGGUGCCCACGGAGGAAUAUUAUCCUGAUCGGGCGUACCUCUUCGCCUUUUUGCUGAGCGCCAGGCUCUUCAUCAAGCCGCACGAGCUUCUGGGCGAGGUUUGCGCUCUCUGCGAGCAUCAGCAGAAUCUCAAUGGCGAGGGCGGUAAGGAGCGGCUGCACCGCUUCGUGCCGCGGCUGGUGCAGCUGCUGGCGGAGUGGACGGAAACAUUCCCGUACGACUUCCGGGACGAGAGGGUGAUGGGUCACGUCAGGUCCAUCACGCAGAAAGUCGCUGCGGUCGACGCCGCGGCCAGGCAGGAAGUUUCGGCGCUGCUGCAAAACUUGCUGCUACGACUGACGGCCCUGGAAAGGUACGAGGAGGGCUUGGCCAGGCUGGCGACCGAGGCAGCGACGGAGCAGCUAACACAGGUGGACGUCACCGAGCUCUGUCCGUCGGCCACGGUGUUGGCGCAGCAGCUGACUCACGUGGAACUCGAGAGGCUGUCUUACAUCGGACCCGAAGAAUUCGUGCAGGCCUUCGCCAAGGAAUCACCGCAUUUAGAAACUUCCUUCAAAGACAUGAAGAAAACACGAAAUCUCGAGUCGUACGUCCAGUGGUUCAACAGACUGAGCUACUUCGUAGCGACGGAGGUCUGCAAGCAUGCGAAGAAGAAGCAACGCGUUCGUGUCGUCGAAUAUUGGAUCGAGACCGCCCGAGAAUGCUUCAACAUCGGCAACUUCAAUUCCCUGAUGGCGAUCAUCGCUGGCCUCAACAUGUCGCCGAUAUCUCGCCUGAAGAAGACGUGGUCGAAGGUGCAGUCUGCCAAGUUCUCGAUUUUGGAGCAUCAGAUGGACCCGAGCAGUAAUUUCAGCAGCUAUCGCAGCACGCUGAAGGCCGCGAUGUGGCGUAGCGCUGGCGCUACAGACGAACGCCAGCGGAUCGUAGUGCCCUUCUUCAGCCUUCUCGUCAAGGACCUCUACUUCCUCAACGAGGGUUGCAGCAACAAACUGCCGAACGGCCACAUCAACUUCGAGAAGUUCUGGCAGCUGGCGAAGCAGGUGACCGAGUUCAUCGCGUGGAAGCAAGUCGCCUGUCCGUUCGAGAAGAAUCCGCGCGUCAUUGCCUUCCUCCAGGCGAGCCCCGUGCUGACGGAGAACGCACUUGCGCUGGCGUCUUUCGAGUGCGAGCCGCCCGACAACAAUCCGGAGAAGGAACGUUACAAAGCUUUAAAGUCCGAGAUGAACGCCCAGUGAAAACGAGCUAUGCCGAAGCAUGCCGAAUGGGAACGGUAUUGAUAUACAGAUCUAUAUGAAGAUACAUUUAUAAAUAUUAAUAUAUUCGUAAUCGUAGUUAGAGUUUACCCGCGAACAAGGCGACGGGGAGGGAAGAGCAACAGCAGACUGCAAAGUAUUAUCCGGGCGAUCCACGCGACUCGUCUCCCGCGUCUUGCGAAAACAGCUGACAGCUCGAGGUCGAGGACCUUCCCGUGUCGUGACGACUCGACAGCUGUCGAGGAAACACCUGAUCUGAUCGGUCUGCACAGUCGUCCUUUUGUUUUCUCCCUUGCCUUCACCGCGGUUGCCGCUGAUUGAUUCGCCAAUGAUUAAUUCGCGAAGGCGUCACACGUCGUAUCACCUUUCCAGCUCCAAUCUUCACGCUCGAUCCUUCUUCGUUCGCGAGACGCUUUCGUUGGAGGAACGCGGCGUCGACGAUACUCGCCGACAUGCGCGACUACCGCGAUAUUAACAAUCUCGAUGCGAACGAAUCAACAGCGAGCUCGACGAGCGAGAAAGACUGUGCAGGUCGGUCCUCGCGGACUCCUGCGGAGCAGAGGCUGAAGAGUCUCGACGGCUCGAUGAGGACCUUCACGGUCGACGUGGCGCGCGAAUGAGACACGCGACGGGCGCGGCUGCGAAAUUCGCUCGACAGUGUCGCGGUAGCCGUAAGUAUAGUUCCUAAGCCCCUCGGCCCGUCGGUGGCUUUUCCCUCGAGCGAGCAGGGGGAGAAGCGAUCGCAGGGGAAUCGGCGAUUCCCGCUGCCGCUCGAAUUUCCCGGACGCGAUCCUUCCGGAGACUCGCCGAGGCUCGCGCGGCUCGAGUGAGACGCGAUCGGCGCGCACCAUCAUUUUGUACAUAACCCUUUUGAUAUAACGCUAACGCGCAGGCACCUAGAUGUGAAAAAAAGCAGUAGCAGGUCGUUCCUGUAGAGUACUAAGAAGAAGAAGAAGAAGAAGAAGAAGAAGAAGAAGAAGAAGAAGAAGAUGAAGAAGAAGAAGCGCGCCCGCGCGCGACGAGCUCGCGCGGCAGUAAGUCGUCAUGAUUAAUAAUAACGCUAACAAUAAGGAUCGUCGUGCACGUACUUAAGCGGACGAGGAGUAGGAGGAGGAGGAGGACUGACCUCGGCGAGGACGGUCAAUCGAGGCGAGGAAGGUCGAGGAAAGUGGAAAAAGCGCCUCGGCUCAAAGCGACGCCGCCGUGGAAGCUGCUCGCUCUUCGCGCGUUUUUUCGGCGUAUCGAUAGUCCGCCUGCUCAGUGAGCUUUGUUUCCGGUUUCUUUGCUGUGUGACGCACGUGAAACGCAGGGAAGAAGAAGUGAAGAGGGGAAAAUCACGCGGCUGCGCAAAUCGCGCGCGAGCGCGGAGUCGGUCACUUGAUGAUGCUCGCCUCGCGGGAAUUCCGACGGCGGGCGAGAAACGCGCCGCGAGCAAUUUUCAUGAAAACGCGUCGCGAAGCUCUCCGUGUUAUUCUCGCGGCUCGCGUGCGUAUCGUGUAAACCGGAAGGUUCGCUCGCGCGCGAUUCGGCCGGUUUCCGGCGAUACUUGCCGCCGACGCGGCGCCACUCGAUUAACGAAUGAUUUAUCGCAAGCCGCGACGAAUUUUCAGCUGCGGUCGAAACGCAGCCGCGGCCCCGGAAAGCGCAUUCGGGCGCCGGAAAGAGGAUAAAAAGAAAGGAGGGGGGGGGGGGAAAGAAGGCGAAAUAAUCGCCGACGAUUGGCGCACGACCGGCUUUGCGCCGGCAACGAAUUGGGCUCGGUGUUAAUUAGCGUGAUUAAUAAGACGUAAACUGUAGUGUGCCGUGCCUUCCGUCAAACGUAGCCGAGGUAUAAUUAAAAGGACGCAAAAUUUACGGAAUUAGAUGAUAUCGCGAGAGAUGAUGUCGAGGCUACCUGUGUGUGUGUCUCUCUCUCUCUCUUGGAACGAGAGACGCGUCCUCGACGCGUGCGUCACUGUUUCCCGCGUAUAAUCACACGCGUUUCUCCCGCGAGUCGAGAGAAAGGAAGAGGGACAGCCUCCCUCUAGCGCGAAGAAGCAAAGAAAAGUGAAGAGAAGAGGUGAAAAGAGAAACGAAUCGCUCGCAGCGAGAGCACACAAGUCCGCCGUAAUAUGUCAAAAGAUAGAACGCUCGUUUCCUUUCACGUUUCAGCGAAUACCUUCUUGCCCGGAUGAAUUCGAGAAAAGCAGACACAUGUGUUUCUCCGAACAGUUAUAGGGACCAAGUGUUCGUUUCUCCCUGGGCAACGUGAACUUUGCCCAUGGCACGCGAUAUGGCGCGACCGAAGGUGGGGAAAACAAAGCGCACUGUCGAAUUUCGCACAGCGAGGGCACAGUCAGGAUGUUGGCGCGGGCCGAGAGAAAAAUCGCGCGCACGACUUCGCGCGGCCGGCAGGAAUAGGCAAGGACCUCGCGACCGAUCCGUUUCACGAUUCUCCGAGGCGAUAAGAGUCACAGGAGGUAAAAAAACCUCCGGUACUUGCUUCCCCAUCUUUCCGUUGCCGCUCCGGGUGUUCCCGUUUCGGUCUUUAAUAAGAAUUCCAUAUCCGCUCUCGUUCCUCAUUACGUUCAGCGAGACGAUCGAUAGCGAUUGUCAGAAAUAGUCGGCCGCCGCGAAUUUCCUCACGUUGACGGGGAUACUUUUCGUUGCAUCUUUCAUCGCGCUGCCGAGCAAACGUGGAAACGACCGAGCCGAGCCGAGCCGAGCGGUUUAUAUAUACAUAAAAUUUUCGUCGCAAUUUAAAUCGCAUUUAAAGUCGCGCGGUAUUUCUCUCUCGGUGCGCGAGGCGAAGGACGGUGAAGACAGGCGAAGACGCGAGAUGCACUUAGCACGCGAAGGAGAGUGUACAGAAAAAGAAAAGAUGGCGUAACAAAGAAAGUAUAAUUUAUCGAUCGAGGAGACAAAUUACGCGAGCUCUGCGCGAAUCAGGUCAUCGUGAAGAAUGCUCAGCUCGAAUGUAUCGUCGGGACGCGUAUUUAUAGUCGCGUCUCUCCCCGAGCCGACGAGCUCGGCCGAGAUCGGUCUCUCUCUCUCUCUCUCUCUCUCUCUCUCUCUCUCUCUCUCUCUCUCGAGAAAGAGAGAGAGAGAGAGAGAGAGAGAGAGAGAGAGAGAGAGAGAGACGCGGUGCAAUGCGCGGUGGAUCCUGAGAGUCAAUUCGAUAUUCGUCUGUAACCGCGAUUCGACGGAGAAACGCAACCGCGCCUCUUGAGGCUCGAGCAACGACUGUAAACACGAGUCUAAGAUCAAUCGAUUGAUGUAAUCACGAGUCCAUGCAUGAUAGUCGAAGUGCGAUUGUCCGUUAUUAUGAUUUGUCGACGUCACACACACAUACACUCACACACACAUAUAUAUAUACACACACA